UUGGAGGCCUGGAAACCUGAGCGGGAGCUUUCUGCUGAUGGAGGACUCCGAGAAGAAACUGAAUCAGAAGAGCGACGACAAACCCAGAAAAGUCCGGUUUAAAAUCUCCUCUUCCUACAGUGGCCGAGUGUUGAAGCAGGUUUUUGAGGAUGGGCAAGAAUUAGAGUUGCCCAAAGAAGAAUAUCCUCACAGUUUUCUCCAGGAGGCCCUUGAACCCAUGGAUGGCGUUUAUGGGUCUGGGGAAGUCCCCAAGCCCCAGCUGUACUCCCCCAAGCUGACUGCUCAGAGAAUCAGCGUAUUCAGAGACAGUGGUGCCUACACUCUGGCGGGCAGCCAGCCUCUGUUCAAUGACUACAAGGCGAAUGACCAUAAGCCUCCACCCAUUAUAGACUUUGGGAAGAUAAUUAUCUACACCAACAACCUGAAAAUCAUCCGAACCCCGAUGGACAAAAGGGACUUCAUGAGGAAAAUCCUCCAAAAGGAAGACGUGGCUGAGGAAGCGUCCCUGAUGAUCACAGGGGAGAAUGAUGGAGACAGGGAGCACCGCAGCCCCCUGCCGGAGCAGAACGGCAGCCCCCUGCUGGAGGCGGAGCGCACUUUUCUCCAUAGUCAGCACACACAGGAUGGGCUGGUCCCUGAGGAUAACUGUCUCCACUGCCAGGGGUCCGGCAUUGCCACCUGUUCUCUGUGCCACGGCAGCAAGUUCUCCAUGCUGGCUAACAGAUUCAAGGAGUCCUACCGAGCCCUCAGGUGCCCUGCUUGCAAUGAGAACGGCCUGCAACCUUGCCGAAUUUGCAGCCCGUAGCCCGGAGCCCUGGUUUUCGCACGUGCCUUUCUUGUACUCUCUUACCACGCUACUCCUAAUAAAGCAUCCUGCUUCCUCCUGUCUCUCUCCAAAAGGGAGCCUACUGCAGCAGCAAUCAUUUCUACCACUAGCAAAUCUCACAUAAUUUGAUGACAUUUUGUGAAGUUGGUACCAUCUCUACGUGCGCCCAAGUAACAGGGGCAUUUUUUGAAUUAGAAUCCGCUCUGAAACAGCUUCUAAAAUUAUCCUUCCAGGAGCAAGUGCAUGCAUCUCACUUGAUUUAGCUCAGUCUUCCCCUUGCGCCAGUGAACAAAUAACUAAAUGUACACUCCAGACAGCAGGUUGAAGUCAUUUUCCGGGCCGGGAGCUAUUUUGCAAAAUUAUGUGGUCAGAAAGGAAUAAAGAAGUAGAUUUCCAACGAACCAGAUUCCUGUUUCUUAUAACGCAUCUGAAAUUGUCUUUGGUAAAAUUGAAAUUUCUAAUGAGGCAGAAGAGGGAAGGGGCAGUCAACCCAGGAGGCUCUCACAGGCCUCUGCAAGCAAAACAGAAAGUUCAUCCCAGAGCCAGACAAGCUGAGGAGGCCCUUCUCCUGAGGCCGCUCCUGUGGCACGUCCUAGCGCUUACUAGGCAGACACAAGCUAGAAUGCUUCUGUGUGUCUCUCUAACUGGUGAGGUUAUAAGUCACACCAAAGCUAUUGGGAGAAGGUUGGCACUCAAGCACGUAUCUAUGAUAAGGUUUCUGCCAGCCCCACAGCCAAUUAGCAAACAGACAGGUCUAUUUUAAGACUAAGAUCUAGCCAGCCGCUCUCUAGAAAGGACAGCAGGUGUUUCAGGCUCAUCUUCUCUUGAAGAGAAGAACCAAGAGGCCUCAUAGCUAGACAUUGUUUCUACAGCCCACGAAUGAGCACGUGAAGGGAGACUCUCCCCCUCUUGACGGCAGCUAUUAAGUUUUAAAAGCACGUUUGUUAAUGAACUUUUGCAGCUCGUACACCCACUCUCCACACUCAGUGAGAAUGACACCGGUGUUUGUUAUUCAGCGGGACGCGCUGCUUAUCUUCAAGAAUAACUCUGACUUCAUGUCUUAGUAAUCCUUCAAGGCUUGUUAUUCUCUUGUGCUCUGUUACAUCAACAGUAGGUUGCACCCGGGCAACGGGAAGGGUUCUAAUAAAAAGAUGUGAACGCUC